UGUUGGAGGUUGUGAUUUUGGAGUAUCCUGGGCUACCAACCAAAAAAACCACUUUGUUCAAGUGUCAAUGGUUUGACCCUUCUCCAACUUGGACAUUUGUGGAUCGAGAAUUCAAGUUGGUUUCCAUCAACCAAACUCAUUUAUACAAUAAAUAUGAACCAUUUGUCCUAGCAUCACAAGCUAUUCAAGUUUAUUACUGCACAUACCCAAGUAAAAAUGUGACUAGGCGAAACUGGUUGGCAGCUUGCAAAGUGAAGGCAAGAUCGCUUGUAGAAGUUUCGAGCAAUGAAACUUCUUUGCCUUUCCAAGAGGAGUUGUUUACCCAAGUACAUCAUACAAUAAUAGAUGAUGAUCCGAUUCCCGUUCAUCCUGAUGGUGGCUUGGUAGACAUGGUAGAGGAUGAGGAUGGAGAUGAAGAUGCAAUUCAUGAAAGCAUUCUGGAAACAUCAUCCUCUGAAGCCGAUGAUUUAGAUGAUAUAGAAUAGUUAUUAUUUUGUUAGUUCUUGUCAACAUUUACUUGUCUGUUUCAUUUUCAAGAUAGAAGAUGAGUAGUACUGCUUCGCAUCCCACCGACUCAGACUCGACUGAGUCUCGUGCUACUGAGACCCGUGCUACUGAGACACACGUUUCUGAGACGCAGGCGUCGGCAGUCCGUCCAGAAUUAGCACCUGACGGUAGGCAGAUCUGUUGGUUGGAAAAUGGCAUUUUGAGGCCGACUGAGAACAUCCGACGUACAACUACUUCAAGCUUUCAAGGCUUCAUAGAUCCUGAAGGCGUCAAUUGGAAGAGUUUGUCGCCCAGCACCAUAGACAUAUAUUAUGAUGAGUUUAAGAAAGCUUUUACAUGGGAUGGGGAAGUUUACAGCUCGGACGUCAUUCGUAAGACAUGGAUCUCACAAGCUAGGCAUGCUUAUAAAAAUUUUGUCCAUGGAUGUAAGGUUAUUAUCGAUGAAGGGAGCAGACCUCAAUUUCUUCAUAAAGACAUUGUUACAAAGUGGAAGGAAUAUUGGGCGACACCUGAAUUCCAAGUUAAGUCGCAGCAGGCGAGCAAGAAUCGUCGAUCUGAGCAUGCUGGUCCAGGUACAGGGAUAUCUAUCCACUAUGGAGGCUCUCGCAGUGCUAUUAGUCAUGCUGAGCAUGUGGCUCGAGAGAAGAACAUUUCUAUCGCAGAUGCACAUUAUGAUACUUUCAUGAGGAUGCACUUUAAGAAAGGACAGUUCGAUGGACGGGCACAGACUCAGGGUCUUGAGAUACAUAGUCGAGUCGAGGAGUUACGCUCUACUCUUGGACGAGAUGUCACUCUAGAUGAGGUCAGUCAGAUCUAUAGGGAGGUGGUGACGCUAGAUCCGAAGGGGCGUAGACUCGGAUUGGGCAUUAUGUCUCAGAUGCGUUCCACUGGUUCGACGAGCACUCAUUCGACGUGCUCGUCUCAAUUUCCUUCAGCAGCAGUCUCAGCUCAGAUUGCACAGCUCCAGACAGAGUUAGAGCAGACACAACAGAGAGAGGUUACUCUAUAAGCUACUCUACAGGCUGAGGUGCAGGAGCGACGACGAAAAGAAGCAGAAAUGGAGACUAGGCAGUUGGAAAUGCAACAACAAAUUUCUCAGCUUAUGAAAUUCUUCCAAUCAUCCUCAGGGUCGUUCCCCCGUUCCUCGUCUCCACCCUAAAUACAUGUUUUGUACUUAUUAUAUAUUGUUAUUAGAUUUUUAUUUAGAUGUUUAUGAAUUUAUUACACUAACAGGUAUCCUUUAUGAUAUUUUAUUAGUUUGAUUUUGA